AUAAAAAUAAAAGAAAAUCAUACAUCACAUAACAGUUGCACACUACACUAGUUUCGCAAACCCUAACUCACCCACCCAAACGCCGAUACACGCACCGUGCGUUCGUGAGAGUUUCGCGUUCCAGAGGCUGCACCAUCUACCUCAGCUCCCAAAUUCGCACCGCCGCAGAACCCUAACUAAGCAUGAGGCCGAUUUUGAUGAAAGGCCACGAGAGGCCACUCACUUUCCUCAAAUACAACAGGGACGGUGAUCUACUAUUCUCCUGCGCCAAGGACCACAACCCUACCGUGUGGUUCGCCGACAACGGCGAACGCUUGGGCACUUACCGAGGCCACAACGGCGCCGUUUGGUGCUGCGACGUCUCAAAGGAUUCGAGUAGACUUAUAACGGGGAGUGCGGAUCAGACCGCCAAGCUGUGGAACGUGCAAACUGGUCAGCAGUUGUUUACCUUCAAUUUUGAUUCUCCGGCGAGGUCGGUGGAUUUCGCCGUCGGCGAUAAGCUCGCCGUUAUGACCACUGAUCCGUUUAUGGAAUUGCCCUCUGCAAUACAUGUCAAACGCAUUGCCAGAGAUCCCGCUGAUCAGACUGGGGAAUCUGUGCUUCUCAUUAAGGGUCCUCAGGGGAGAAUUAAUAGAGCUAUUUGGGGACCCCUGAACAGAACCAUUAUCAGUGCUGGAGAAGAUGCUGUUAUCCGGGUUUGGGAUUCUGAGACAGGGAAACUGCUUAAAGAGUCAGACAAGGAAUCUGGCCAUAAAAAGACUGUAACAUCACUUGCAAAGUCUGCGGAUGGUUCCCAUUUCCUAACUGGCUCCCUUGAUAAGUCUGCUAGGCUUUGGGAUACUAGAACAUUGACUCUGAUCAAGACGUAUGUCACAGAACGCCCAGUCAAUGCAGUUGCAAUGUCACCUCUUCUUGAUCAUGUGGUACUUGGAGGUGGUCAGGAUGCAUCAGCUGUUACAACUACUGACCAUCGUGCUGGCAAAUUUGAAGCCAAAUUUUAUGAUAAGAUUCUUCAAGAAGAAAUUGGGGGUGUAAAAGGACAUUUUGGACCAAUUAAUGCAUUGGCUUUUAACCCUGAUGGGAAGAGCUUUUCAAGCGGAGGCGAAGAUGGUUAUGUACGGUUGCACCACUUCGACCCAGAUUAUUUCAACAUUAAAAUAUAGUGCUGGAUGGUUUGUGGUUAACAUUAGGCGUGGUUCCAGAAGUUAGCUUUUUAAUUUAUUUCAACUAGAUUUUUGUAAUGCCAAUGUGAUUACAAACGAUCUUAUAUAUCGGUAAUAUGGAUGAAUUGAAGAAUGAAAUUAUGCAUUUUUUGUUUAUGUAUUAACACUAUCAAUUUUGGUUGGAGUGGAACUCAUAAUUGAGGAGUUUUUCUUCGCAAGUCCAUAUUUUUGAUAAAACUAGAAGUUUGGCAUC